AUGAGGUGUAUACAGUUAGUACUCUGUAUCGCAUUUGUUUCUGGUAUUUAUGGCUCUACUGAAUAUGAAGCUGCAAUGGAUGAAAUUGAAAUUGCCAACCAAGGUGAACAUUAUGACCAAGUUGACAUGAAAUUAACAGAGGAACAACGCGCAACCUUCAAAUCUAUGAACAGCAAAAGUCGAAACAAAAGAUCAUUAUAUGAUAAAUUAUACAACGUUAGAUGGCCUGAAGCUGUAGUUCCCGUUACCUUUGGUUCCAAGUUCAGUGAGGCGGAAAAGGCAACAAUAAACGAAGCCAUGAGGACGAUCGAAAAUGUAUCUUUUACUUUAAAAACGUACAAUGUUCUGAUAGCAUUGCACUAUUGUAGUUGCUGGUCAUACAUUGGCCGAACUAAUUUGGGACGUCAAGAAUUGUCGUUGGGUUUUGGAUGUGUUCAUGCAGAUACUGCCAUUCACGAGCUUUUGCAUGCCCUUGGCUUUUUUCAUGAACAAUCAAGACCAGAUAGAGAUCAAUACGUCACCAUCAAGCAGGAAAAUAUUAGACCAGGUACUUUAGAUACAUUCACUAAAUAUUGUAUUAUAUCCUUAUACCACAGUGUUUUUCAGCAUUUAUUGUUGUUUUUAUUUAAAGGAUAUGAAAGUAACUUUGACAUCUCUGAAUAUUCUUACAAAGACGGAUUGGGUGUUAAGUACGAUCCUGAAUCCAUCAUGCACUAUGGAAGGUAGGUAUUAGUUUAUUGUCACACCCUGAGAAUGCUCCUUCAAAAUAACUCUAAGGAAGUGGCAGUCAAGUUUUUACAAGAGUUUGAUAAACUGAAGACGUAUUCAGCAUGUGUAUGCAUAUUUUAGAUUCACUUUCUCAAAAAAUCGAUGGAGUUUACCAACUAUUGAGUGGAAAUCCAAUCCAAACCGGCAGUUAGGAGGAAAAAAAAUGACUGCAUCAGAUAUUCUUCAGUUGAAUCUAUAUUACGAAUGUAAAGGUUAUACGAAAACAAAGCGCUUAAUCACUACAACGACUACCACAAAGACAAUAACACCUCCAAAGACUACCACAACAACUACUUUACGUCCAACAACGACAACAACAACGACAACGACUACCACGACGACAACAACACGUCCAACGACUACCACGACGACAAC